UCUGUGUGCAUAAAGGAACACUCUUCAGAAUUGUAAUUGUGCCUUGACAACCCUCCUUCCACUUCAGCGCGCAGACAUGGUUGGUUUUUGCUCAGCGUUGGUGGUUGGAGACGCUGCACGCACUUGGUGGAUUAUGAACAAAUGAAUAGGAAUGCAUUGAAUUUGAAGCAGUUUAAACGUGUUCGUGAGAAUGUGAGAGAUUGUGUGAACACCUAACCUAAUCCUCUUAAAAGACUGCAGGUAUUAUGCUGAGCCGUGGAGAGGAGGUGUGAGCUGUCAUCCUGCGGUGCGCCCUUGUAGCUGCUCACCAAAAACUAGAGUCAGCAUCUCUCAACCAAUCCCUUUACCUUAGCGCACACAGCUGGAGAGAAACCUCGCGUCUACAACACCUCAAUCACAACAACUCAGCGAUUAAAGGUUGGAGCUGGGACAUCAUGCCAGGGCUAUGACAUUAAAACAGACUAUGCUGAAGAUGUGUGCUGACCGCUCGCUGAACUGUAUUAUUUGGCCAACUAAUGCUACUGGACCUGUUCCCAUAAGCCUGACCAGGCAUCUGACACGGGCCUAAUAAUCUGCAGUGGGAAUCAAGACCACUCUGGCAGCGGUGAACAAUGCAUUUGCCACAAAGACGGAGACUCAAUCGGAGUCGCAUCCUCUUCUUCCUCUCUGGUGUAUUACUGUGCUGCGUCUACACCGUGACGUUCAAGGCCCGGCUGCAGGAGCCAUGGGUGGCCCGCCAGGCCGCAGCAGAGGAGGAUCCUGGGACAGCACUCCCAGAGGAAGGGGGCGGUAGUGAUAAUAGUAGUGUUGUGGAGGUAGACACACGAGAGGUGUUGACCUCUAACCCCUCUAGCCUAACAGAGAGCUUUAACGAUGACGUCAUCACCAGGGCUCCUACUGUGCUGCAGGGGGAUGACGUCAUGGUGAUAACUGUCAACAGGACGGACAUUAAGCACUGUAUCUACGUAGAGGACCCUGAACCUGAGCCUCCGACUGAACCUCCUCCCACCUCCCCUCCUCCUAACACCACCACCUCCCCAGGUAUCGCUGGAGACGUCCCCCACAGGAAGGGAGAGUACCCAGAGGACCUGUUCACGGUGGACCAGAGGAGGCAGGGCUGGGUGACCCUCCACAUCCUGGGCAUGGUCUACAUGUUCGUCUCCCUCGCCAUCGUCUGUGACGAGUUCUUCGUCCCGGCGCUCGGCGUCAUCACCGUGAAGCUCGACAUCUCCGACGACGUGGCCGGGGCAACCUUCAUGGCGGCAGGAGGCUCCGCUCCGGAGCUGUUCACCUCUCUGAUUGGCGUGUUCAUCUCCCAUAGCAACGUGGGCAUCGGGACGAUCGUGGGGUCGGCGGUGUUCAACAUCCUGUUUGUCAUCGGGAUGUGUGCCAUCUUCUCCAGGGAGAUGCUCCACCUCACCUGGUGGCCCCUGUUCAGAGACGUCUCCUUCUACAUCAUAGAUCUGGUCAUGCUGAUAGUGUUCUUCUUGGACAACACCAUCAUGUGGUGGGAGAGCGUAAUGCUGGUGUCGGGUUACGUAGCCUACGUCUGCUUCAUGAAGUUCAACGUGCAGAUCGAACACUUCGUCAAGACGCAGAUCAACAAACACAAGAGCAUUGUCAAGAUCAUCAUGCCGGAGGAGGAAGAGGAGAAGGAACCCAAGAAGAAGAACAGUGGACCUUCACCACCUGAUCCACCCCAAAACAAUGUUUCACCAGAACCCAAACCACAACCUCAAGACUCACCCCAGAAGAGAGACAGAGAAAAAUUGAAGGUGAAGCCCACUCUCCAGAGAGGAGGCAGUAAUGCUUCUCUCCACAACAGCACCAACAGAAACACCAUCUUCCAGCUGAUGAUCCACACACUGGACCCUCUGGGAGAAGAGACAGGCUUUAGCAGAGAUGUUAGAGGCCCUGGUCAGAAGAGAGUUAGACAAGAAACAACAACCUUUAAUGGGGAGGUCAGGACUGAGGUGUCGGUGCAGGGGAAAGCUGGACCUGAGAAGACUGAGCAGGCCGAACCCUCGACCUCCCAGACCACACCUAAAGAAGAGGAGAAACCAGGCCCGUCAGAGACUCAGACGGACCAGGGGUCAGCAGGUGAAGGGGGGUCUGACGGCUCAGACAGCGGUGAGGAGGACGAGAGCGAAGAAGAGAGCGAGGAUGAGGAAGAUGAGGAUGAUGAAGACGAAGCGGAUGAUGAGGAAAAUAAAGAUGAAGAAGAGGAAGAGGGUGAAGAGAAUGAGGAACCUCUGUCGUUAGAAUGGCCAGACACCAGGCGUAAACAGGCCACAUAUCUUUUUCUCCUACCGAUAGUGUUCCCUCUGUGGCUCACUGUGCCCGACGUACGCAACCCAGCUUCCAGAAAAUACUUUGCCAUGACGUUUAUUGGUUCCAUCACGUGGAUCGCUGUGUUCUCCUAUCUAAUGGUCUGGUGGGCACAUCAGGUGGGUGAGACCAUAGGCAUCUCAGAGGAGAUCAUGGGCCUGACCAUCCUGGCAGCAGGCACCUCCAUCCCUGACCUCAUCACUAGUGUCAUCGUGGCCCGUAAAGGACUAGGAGACAUGGCUGUGUCCAGCUCAGUGGGAUCUAACAUCUUCGAUAUCACUAUGGGCCUGCCUGUCCCAUGGUUGAUCUUCUCGGCGAUGCAAGGCGGUGUACCGGUGGCGGUGAACUCCAACGGUCUGUUCUGUGCCAUCGUGCUCCUCUUCGUCAUGCUCCUCUUCGUCAUCGUCAGCAUCGCGGCGUGUCGGUGGAAGAUGAGCCGUGUUCUGGGCUUCACCAUGUUCAUGCUUUACUUCGUGUUCCUGGUGCUCAGUGUGAUGCUGGAAGACCGUAUUAUUAUCUGCCCCGUCUCCAUCUGAGGUCAGACACCAUUAUGUUAGCUUCAGGAACGGUUAUUUUUUUACUAAGAUGAAACUGUUUAUGUUGUACUGUACAGAGCAUUAUGGGUACUGUAGUACAUCAUAUUACAAUGAGGAGGGAGGGAAAAAAAGAGGCGUGUCAGGAAGUCAUUUAAAUAAUAACCUCCAAACUGUAUCGUUGUCAGUCACUAACAUUCACGGUAUAGGGGGUUAGAGAUUCCCUAGUGUUACUGUUCACAGAGGUGAUUGUGUUGUCUAUGUUGAGCCAGGUAUUGUUGAAUCAGUGGACACCUCCAUGGUUGGACUAUUGCUGGUCUCUUUCACCAGAACUGACGUGCAGCAGUAGAGUUUGUCUGUCCACAACUACUGAAGAGAGACACAGUAAUUGUAGAAGUUGUCCAGCCACACACACACACAUCCAUUUUAGUGUUCAUCCAUGUAAAAAUGUCAAUAGUCAUUUCUUUUAGAGUAAAAAAAAAACACAACAAAAAUGAUUUAUCAGGUGCAGAGAGGUACAGCAGCUUGAUUUAUCAGGUGCAGAGAGGUACAGCAGCUUGAUUUAUCAGGUGCAGAGAGGUACAGCAGCUUGAUUUAUCAGGUGCAGAGAGGUACAGCAGCUUGAUUUAUCAGGUGCAGAGAGGUACAGCAGCUUGAUUUAUCAGGUGCAGAGAGGUACAGCAGCUUGACUUGUCAUGUUAAUGAUUCUGUGUCUAGAAAACCCAGGAAUGGUGUAGUGCAGUUACACGACUCAUAUGUAAACCCAGGAAUGGUGUAGUGCAGUUACACGACCCAUAUGUAAACCCAGGAAUGGUGUAGUGCAGUUACACGACCCAUAUGUAACCAUUAGUUCAUUAACUGUCAGCAUUGUAGUGUUAUGUAUGUAUGUAUGCAAUACACUUGUGUGGGUCAGAUGGAUGCAAAGAGAAUGUAUUGAUGUAUACUAAACUAUCC